AUGGCGAGCUGGUUCGACCCUCGACUGGCCGAACUCAACCUCCUGCCUACGCCCGACAACUCUCCACCCGUCGGAUUAACGGAGAAUGUCACGCCAGAGGCCCUGUCGUACCCGAUCCCAUCCGAUUUGCUCGAUUACAGCCUCCAUCAGUGGUCGAACACUCAGUUCUCGUCUGGUUUCGAUGCCGACAGUCCCGUCUCGCCUACCUAUGCCUCUCCGUCACUCGUCGGAUCGGGAGCCGACUUCAUCUAUAGUCAGGCCAGCCCGGAGGUACCCGAGCAGCAGUCAUCCAGAGACAUCGACACCGGCCUCUUUCACCAACAAGCAGACCAGAUGCCUGUUUAUGCAGACUUGCAGAACACAGUCAAUUCGGUACAAUCGCGCAAGCGCACGCGUGAUGGAGCGUCGUCUCUGACUGCAGCCCGAUCGACCCUCACGCCGGGCUCAACUACGCUGCAUAUUCCAACGGCCCCACGCGCGGACACACUCGCCAGCGUUGCUCCCGUUGACUAUGAUCGCCUCGAUGCUGCUACUCUCAAUGCCUACCUGGCAGAUCAUGGCGCUACUCGUUCAAUAAAGUCAUUUCGACCCACUCACUCAAGAGCGCCCAGUCAAGUCUCUGAGACCGAUCGGAUAUCUCCCGCCGCUUCUCUCAUCGAUAGGAGUCUCGGCUCUCAUUCGACAGGCGUGGGAACUGUAGCUCCCCUCGCGGGCAAUACAUCCAAUGCUGUCUCGCCUUCUGGGGCUAUCACGACCGUCUUGCCUUCUGGCGUCACUCUCGUCACUCAUCCUCGCAUGUCAGAGGAAGCCAUCGCUGCUGCCAACGCUGCUGCAGUCGAAGAAGAUCGCCGUCGUCGCAAUACAGCUGCCUCUGCUCGCUUUCGUAUCAAGAAGAAGCAGCGCGAGGCGGCACUUGAAGAAGAUGCAAAGAUGCUCAAGGCUCGCAUCGAUGAACUCUCGCAAGAGCUGCAAGAAGUCCGUUCGGAGAAUGCUUGCCUUCGUGACCUGCUCCUCAGUAAGAACAAGGCAAAAGGCGCUGUCAUGAACGGGCACGACAAGAGAGAAUCGCCUAUCAUCUAUACUCAUGACGAUGAAUUCGUUGCCGGCCAUCACAAGACGCUAGGCUUCUACGUCACCUGCAUAUUCCCUGCCGGCUUCGUCUGGGCAAUCACACCUGCAUGCUGGCUCUUCCUUGGCUGGCACUUUUUCAUUUCGCCUAAUCGGGCAGCUCCGCACAAUGCUUUCUAUACCUUUUGCUUCUACCACGCCAUCUGUGAAGCCCUCUUCUCGCUGUUCUAUCAGUACCUUUGCUGGAAGGGUAAUCAACCUGCCCAGCCCGUUCAGCUAGAUGAGGCGCACAUCAGAGGCAUCUUGCUCGAAUGCUUGUCUACUGGUAUCCAGAAAGAGACAGUCAAUGGCCGCAGACCGAGAACGACGGAGCCAGACUUUACAAAGGUCACGGACGAGUCUGCUGCUCAGCUCAGAAAGAAGCUUCGCAGCUGGUUCGCAGGCGCGCCGUACUCGUCCAUCAGAGAGGACAAUGUCAGGGAAUGGCUGGCAUGGGCUAUGGGCGGUGUGACGCUCGAAGAUGCUCGCAAGGAUCCGCAGACGAUGCGCUUGAUCGAGGAGACGCUCACUUGGGUUCAGCCCAGACUGAAAAGUCGAGUGCCGCCGGGCUACAAUCCUGACAUACGGUGCCUCAAGCUCACUCUCGAUAAGUUGCAAGUCAUGAGCCGCCCCCUGGGUUACUAUGUCGUCUGCAGCAGCGUCACUCUCUUAAUGUACGCCUGGCUCGUGCUCUUCCGAGGCUUCCGAUUCCGUCACAGCCACGGUCUCGAAUUCCUCGUCAAGCCGGCCACGUCCUCAGAUGCGCCGGGCGUCGAAAAGCGCAAGCUUCCCGUUUGCUUCUUGCAUGGCCUCGGUAUUGGGCUUGGUCAAUACGUCGAAUUCCUGCGGCAUCUGGCGCGUUCAGAUAAAGAAGUCAUCAUCUUGCUUCAGCCCAACAUCUCUGCACUCAUCUGGCAUCCUCGCUUCCUCAGUCCUCCGGACAAGCACGAGCAUGUCGCCGCCAUCAAGGAUAUCUGCGCUCGUAUGGACAUCAAGAAGAUGACCGUCGUAGCUCAUAGCAAUGGCACUAUGGUCCUGGGCUGGCUGCUGCGAGGCGCACCCGAACUGUGCACGCGCACCGUGCUCGUGGACCCUGUGUCUCUGUUGCUACACGAGGCCGACGUCUGCUACACUUUUGUGUACAAGCCCUGGCAAACUGGCCUUCAGGUUCUGCUCGGCUACUUUGUCGCGCGCGAACUCGGCAAUGCGCAUACGAUCGGACGGGAUUUCCAAUGGACCGAUAUGCUCCUGUGGGAGCAUGAGCUGCCCGACGUCUCGCCAGAGAAUCUGCACAUCGUUCUGGGCGACUCUGAUUUUCUGAUCGAUCCGGUAUCGAUCGUGCGCUACCUCAAAGAGUGCGGCAUCGUAGACGAGGCCAUCACACUCUGCCGAGGCUACAAUCAUGGGCAGGCUCUCAUCGUCGAUUCAGACGGCAUGAGGACCGUCCUUUCGCAUAUGUGA